UAAUUAGUUUUGUUUUUAUUCCAUAACACACAUCAUUUCAACUAAUGUGUAUCACCUAAUCCAAGAGACCUCCCUUAUAACAACAGUGCCCAAUUUAUAUUGCAAUAUUUUUCCAUUUAGUCCUCUGUUCUUGUUCGAUCUCGCAACCGAUAAUUAUAAAUAAAAUAAAUAAAUGACGAACUACGGCUCGAUUCCGACGUCGUCUCAUGCUUCGCCGGUGGUGGAUCACGAGUCAAUCUCACGCGCCAAGCAACGUAUCAAAGCCGGUCUAGCCACGCGCCGGCCAUGGAGAGUGAUGUUCGAUUUCCACUCCAUGGGAAUCCCUCGCGGCGGCGUCUCCGACGCUUUCUCCGGGAUCAAGAAGAACCUCGUCUAUUUCCAGACGAAUUACGCGAUCGUCGUAUUGAUCGUCCUCUUCCUCGGCCUUAUCAAGCAUCCGACGUCGCUCAUCGUCUUGACCGUGUUGGUCUUCGUGUGGGUCUUCCUUUACUUCCUCCGUGACGAGCCUAUCAAGCUUUUCCGGUAUCAGAUCGACGAUCGGACGGUCUUGCUUUCUCUGACGUUGUUAACCAUCAUUCUGCUGUUCUUGACCAACGCGACGUUGAACAUCGUCGGUGCGUGUUUGGUCGGAGCUGUGCUGAUUUUGAUCCAUGCGGUGGUUAGGAAGACGGAGGAUCUUUUCUUGGAUGAAGAGGCGGCCACGGCUGAGACUUCUGGGCUGACGUCAUACCCCUCGUCUUAAAUCGAUUAUUAUCGAUCUUUAAUGCUUCUUUUUUGUAUAUUUCCUUUUAUAUUGUUGUUUAUCAUGUAAUAAUUUAAAAUUUUAUCGGUGUGAGUUUUCUUUUUGAGGAUUGAUGUAAUGAAAUACGAUCUGAAAGAUUUUAAA